GUGCACUUUUUAUGGAAUUUCUGAGCUAAAAGUACAUGAAGUAGGCAAGCAAGCGCAUUGCUAAGCUAGCUAGAAUGUUCUCAUAAUGCUGGAACUCAUCGUUGCAUUCCUGUUUGGAGUUGCAGUGACUGUCUGCCUUUUUUUCAUUGGGAUUUUUAGUUGGCUGAAUGCUCAACCUGCAGUUAGAUGUAGCCCCAUCACCAAAGGCUUUGAGCCAUUCAUCAAACCCCAACUUCCACAGCAUCUUGAGGAAGUGUUCUUGAGCUUGAAUGGGCCCGAGGGUACAGAAGUGAACAACCCAGAAACAUGUCGCUGGUUUAACCUGAUUAGUGACUUUCUCUUCCGUGAGCUCAGAGAUUCAACUUUCGUGAAAAGAGUCUUGAUGAAAAUGAUCAACAAAGAAUUUGAAGAGCUCCUAAUGACAAAGACAGAAGGAAGAAUGGUUGAGCAACUAACUUUAAGGGACUACUUCCUGGGUACCUCCAUGCCUGUUAUCAAGGAUGUUACCGUAGUGAGGAUAGACUGCUCUCCUGACGACAGCAACGAGCCACAACUGAUUGAAAUUUCCAUGAAGAUUGACUAUAGAGGAGGUGCAGAGAUGAAGAUAGAUGCUGACUUAGUAUUCAACAAGUCAGCAUACGUGGCUGUGACGGUGCUGAAGAUAAGGGGGGAUGCCAGAAUACAGUUCACCAGGACACCCUCCACCCACUGGUCAUUCUCCUUCUAUGAGGAACCUGAGCUGGAAUUGAGGGUGGAGUCUCAGUUUGAGGGGCUGUCAUUCCCAAGACUAAGUUCACUCAUUGAAUCUCAAUUGCGGAGGUUUAUAAGGAAGAAGUACACUCUACCUGGCUGCAAGAUAAGGCACAAGCCAUUCUUCAGGAUGCCAAGUCCGCAAGAUCAGCUAUUAGAGGUGUAUGUUAAGGACAGCCGACUAACGCUGGGAGAGCUACAGGUGGAGGUGACCGACUGCUCCAGACUGACACUAGCCGAGGCUGCUACCAGGACCUACUGCACUCUGACCUUGGACUCCACCCCCUACAAGCCCCGAGUGAACCUUUGGCGUACCCACUGGCCUACUCUGGAACUGACAGUGACUAAAGAUCGAGAACAGAAGAUCGGGGUGCAUUAUAAACAGGUGACCCCUGAGGGCGAACGCUCCCACCUGGUAGUGGUGGACUAUGUCUUAUCCAACUCGGCAGCUGGUAUUCUGAUUGGUGAUGUUCUGACGAGGGUCAACAAGGUGAGGGUGUCCUCCGUGAAGCAGAUGGACAGACUCAUCAGCAAAUCACGAGGAAACACGGUACUGAUCUCCCUCCAACGUCCUCCACCACACUUCAACAUGUUCACCUCGGGCCCAGCCCACCCCCACUCGGUAACAAGACCUGACGACAUCACUCAACAAGCUGAGUCAGCAGAAGGGUGGGAGGAGGUGUUGUUUGCACGAUUGGAGACUCCCGGCAGCACGGAGGACACGGCACAAGCCAGGAGACAAGAUGGAGAUAGCAUCAGUCUGUGUGGAGUAGGUGGUGAGAGGGGCGUGGUCAACCAUCAGGGGGGUGGGCUGAGGAGGAGAGCCGGGACCACACUAGAGGAACGCUCAGCUUCUCCCGAGUCCAAUGUCCCUGACACAACUCCGCAGCCUGUGAGACCAGUCCACCUGGGGGUUAUUGAGGUGGACCCCCCUCAGAGAACCCCCUCCCCCUCCCCUGCAGUGAACACUCCAGUGGGACUAGGACAGCAUGUGACCAAAGAGGUGUCAGCAAGCAUGAACCCUAGCUGGAAUCAAUCCUUCACAUUCAACAUUGCCAAUGAACACAACUAUCUCAACAUAUGCGUCUGGAGUAGAGCGACUGACGAGUCAUGUGACCUCCUCGUUGGUCAUGUGACCAUUCCACUCAUGGACAUUGCUCUGGAGUGUCUGUGUACUAGCUCCGGCUACCAUCACCAACGCUACGUGUUAGUAGCCUCCCAGACUCUCAAGCCCUCAGUCAGUCGAGCUACACUGCAAGCCAAGUCUGCUACUGGUUCCGGCAGCAAAGAUGGAAAGAAUGCAAAUGCUUUCGCUGGCGAUAUCUUCCUGCGAUUCAAGCAUCAACCACAACCUGAAGAUCACACGAACACACACGAGGACUCUCAAGCUGAAGAGGACAAUGCACGAAACGAGCCCCAUCCACACUUCAAAUCUCACCCAUUCACAGCCUCGGGGAACCACCUGCCUAGAAACCAUGUCUUCGCGGAAAUGGCCGUCAGUGAUGGAUCUCACAUCUGUGACAUUUGCCACAAGAAGAUAUGGUCGCUCAGUUCAAAGCUCACGAAAUGCAGAAAUUGUGGAUUAACAUGUCAUAAGAAGAAAUGCUAUGAGUAUUGUAUGAAGGAGGUGCCGUGUAUAAAUGACAGACUACAUGCUACCCCAAACCUGAAGCAAACGAUUGAAGGUGAUUUCACUCUACUGACGGUUGAUUCCAGCCCCGAGGGAGGAGAGGAAACUGAUAGCAAAGUAGAGGAUAGGGAGGCGGACUAUGGUCAUCGUCGUCUGCAGCAGGAAGCACCUGUUGCUAGGACUAGGACAAGCCUGAGCCAAUCCUUUGAUAUGUUGGAUCAAGACGUGAUAAACACUCCCCUGGAUGACCAAUUAGAAGGCUCUAACCAGGAGAAGCAUCUGGAAGACACUGAUGGUCGUCUAGAGCAUUCUGACAGCUCACAUAAACUACAUGUAGAAGGUUCUGAGCAGCUCGGUAUGUACAGCUCCCUUGAGAGAAGGCAGGACUGGGUGGACGGGGCUGACGGUGUGGUGAGGGCUGAGCCAGUUGCUGUAGGUGACAAGACGGUAUUAGAAAGUAGUGGAGAAUGUAACCAGGUGUUCACUCCUGAUGAGGGGUCUGAAAGCAGCUCCAUUGAAGAGUCAUAUGUUCAACUAAAGAGCCAGGACUCAAUGGUGAAUCUGUCAUCAGAAGUGACUACCUCUGAAGAAAUCGCUUUGAAUGAGAUAACUGAGGACGUCCACCAUAACAACAGCCUGAUCAAUACAGCCACUUAUAAGCUGCAAGACCCUCUCCUAUCUGAGGGGGAGAAGGGGGAGUUGAGAGCACAGCUGGUGUAUGUUAAGGACAGCCGACUAAUGCUGGGAGAGCUACAGGUGGAGGUGACCGACUGCUCCAGACUGACACUAGCCGAGGCUGCUACCAGGACCUACUGCACUCUGACCUUGGACUCCACCCCCUACAAGCCCCGAGUGAACCUUUGGCGUACCCACUGGCCUACUCUGGAACUGACAGUGGCCAAAGAUCGAGAACAGAAGAUCGGGGUGCAUUAUAAACAGGUGACCCCUGAGGGCGAAUGCUCCCACCUGGUAGUGGUGGACUAUGUCUUAUCUAACUCGGCAGCUGGCAUUCUGAUUGGUGAUGUUCUGACGAGGGUCAACAAGGUGAGGGUGUCCUCUGUGAAGCAGGUGGACAGACUUAUCAGCAAGUCACGAGGAAACACGGUACUGAUCUCCCUCCAACGUCCUCCCCCACACUUCAAUAUGUUCACCUCGGGCCCGGCCCACCCCCACUCGGUAACAAGACCUGACGACAUCACUCAACAAGCUGAGCCAGCAGAAGAGUGGGAUGAGGUGUUUGCACGAUUGGAGACUCCCGGUAGCACGGAGGACACGGCACAAGCCAGGAGACAAGAUGGAGAUAGCAUCAGUCUGUGUGGAGUCGGCGGUGAGAGGGGCGUGGUCAACCAUCAGGGGGAUGGGCUGAGGAGGAGAGCCGGGACCACACUGGAGGAACGCUCAGCUUCUCCCGAGUCCAAUGUCCCUGACACAACUCCGCAGCCUGUAAGACCAGUCCACCUAGGGGUUAUUGAGGUGGACCCCCCUCAGAGAACCCCCUCCCCCUCCCCUGCAGUGAACACUCCAGUGGGACUAGGACAGCAUGUGACCAGAGAGGUGUCAGCAAGCAUGAACCCUAGCUGGAAUCAAUCCUUCACAUUCAACAUCGCCAAUGAACACAACUAUCUCAACAUAUGCGUCUGGAGUAGAGCGACUGACGAGUCAUGUGACCUCCUCGUUGGUCAUGUGACCAUUCCACUCAUGGACAUUGCUCUGGAGUGUCUGUGUACUAGCUCCGGCUACCAUCACCAACGCUACCUGUUAGUAGCCUCCCAGACUCUCAAGCCCUCAGUCAGUCGAGCUACACUGCAAGCCAAGUCUGCUACUGGUUCCGGCAGCAAAGAUGGAAAGAAUGCAAAUGCUUUCGCUGGCGAUAUCUUCCUGCGAUUCAAACAUCAACCACAACCUGAAGAUCACACGAACACACACGAGGACUCUCAAGCUGAAGAGGACAAUGCACGAAACGAGCCCCAUCCACACUUCAAAUCUCACCCAUUCACAGCCUCGGGGAACCACCUGCCUAGAAACCAUGUCUUCGCGGAAAUGGCCGUCAGUGAUGGAUCUCACAUCUGUGACAUUUGCAACAAGAAGAUAUGGUCGCUCAGUUCAAAGCUCACGAAAUGCAGAAAUUGUGGAUUAACAUGUCAUAAGAAGAAAUGCUAUGAGUAUUGUAUGAAGGAGGUGCCGUGUAUAAAUGACAGACUACAUGCUACCCCCAACCUGAAGCAAACGAUUGAAGGUGAUUUCACUCUACUGUCGGUUGAUUCCAGCCCCAAGGGAGGAGAGGAAACUGAUAGCAAAGUAGAGGAUAGGGAGGCGGACUAUGGUCAUCGUCGUUUGCAGCAGGAAGCACCUGUUGCUAGGACUAGGACAAGCCUGAGCCAAUCCUUUGAUAUGUUGGAUCAAGACGUGAUAAACACUCCCCUGGAUGACCAAUUAGAAGGCUCUAACCAGGAGAAGCAUCUGGAAGACACUGAUGGUCGUCUAGAGCAUUCUGACAGCUCACAUAAACUACAUGUAGAAGGUUCUGAGCAGCUCGGUAUGUACAGCUCCCUUGAGAGAAGGCAGGACUGGGUGGACGGGGCUGACGGUGUGGUGAGGGCAGAGCCAGUUGCUGUGGGUGACAAGACGGUAUUAGAAAGUAGUGGAGAAUAUAACCAGGUGUUCACUCCUGAUGAGGGGUCUGAAAGCAGCUCCAUUGAAGAGUCGUAUGUUCAACCAAAGAGCCAGGACUCAACGGUGAAGCUGUCAUCAGAAGUGACCACCUCUGAAGAAAUCGCUUUGAAUGAGAUAACUGAGGACGUCCACCAUUACAACAGCCUGAUUAAUACAGCCACUUAUAAACUGAAAGACCCUCUCCUAUCGGAGGGGGAGAAGGGGGAGUUGAGAGCACAGCUGAGAGAGUAUGAACAAAAUAUUGAAUCGUUAACAACCUUGAUGACGUCCAAAUUACAGAAACUGAAAUAGCAUUUAGUGAAUUUGUUUUUAUUGAAUAGCUCAGCAAAACUUCAAAAUGGAUUAUCCUACUGUAUUC